AUGGCAACGUUUGCUUCGCCACAGGAGCCUGAGGCUCCCGCUCCGAUGGAAGAAGACAUCCCGUCACCAACUGCCAUGCCGCGACGGAAGUCCGUUCAAUUGGAGGAGCUUGAACGGCCGUCUCACUGGCGAAACUCGGGGCGACAGUCUACGGUUAAGGAGGAACAAGGUGGCCCGUCCGGCAAUGACUAUGCAGCCAUGUACGCGCCGCACGACGACCCGUCACUCCGACGAAGCUCGCUGGAUUGCGUCCGCUCCGCGCGUCGUUCCAGCGCUUCGCUGCCACGUGCUAACGGUCCGUUUGGUGUUGCGGGUGAGAGCAGCGUUCAGGCUCAGCCAGAUGCGGCUUAUAGCCAACAACGAAGUUCUGAUAGCGAGGAUGAAGUGAGCAGCGGGCCCGGCGGAGCGGUUCAGUCCCGGUCGUCGAGACGGCAUCAGCAGAGCAAGUUAGGGCAGCAGGAGCCGCGGAGCAACCCGUUUGAUUACGAGAUGGAGGAUACGCAAGUGGUUCCCGGGCAAGGCGAUAUCGCUAGAAGGAAUGCCCAUUAUUAUGCCGGUGGAUGCGGUCGCACGGCUGCUACGGAAGGGCCGUCGGCGCAAUUCGACAACCGGUUCUGUGACAUGUCGGGGUGGGGAGGAAUGGAUCAAGCGCUGCACCCGGCGGGGUUGAUGCAGGCGCGUGCUGCCAUGGUGGCGCAAGGUCGCUCGAAUAUUAACCGGGGAAAAACCUUCCCGGAUAUGAUUGAGGAGGGGAGUGAGGAGGGGAGUGAGGAGGGGACGGAGGAAGAGGAGGCGGAGGAAGAGGAGGUGGAGGAAGAGGGGGAGGAAGAGGAGCGGGAGGAAGAAGAGGCAGCAGAAGAUGAGGGUGAGGAUGAGGAGGAAGACGAGGAAGAGGAAGAGGAGGAGGAGGAGGAGGAGGAGGAGGAGGAGAAUGAUGACCCUGCAGCACCGUCCUCAACCCCCACUACCAUCCCUGCUCCAAGGAAUCCCAGCAUCACUCCCCGUACUCCCACUCACGUUUCUGGGAAUCUUUCCAAAAAGCGGCGCCGUGCAGAUGGUUCUGAAGCAGCACAUCAGCAAACAGAGUUGCGAGGAAAUCAUACUGGUGGACUUGGGAAGAAACUGUUCACACGAAAAGAAACGUUUGAAAUGAGGAGAGCUGCUGCUAACGGGUUGGUGGAUGUGAUGGCGUCUGGAAUGGCUGCCGUUCGCCACCUGGAAGAGUUUGUAAGGGUUUCUGCAAUUCAUACGACUGGAGUGGUGUCAGAGGAAGAAUUGGAGCAACGGCUGAAGGUAAUAACCGCUGAAUCUCCGCCGCUCGUGCGGCAGCGCGCAAGAAGCCGCUCUCCUAUGGUAGAGUCGUUAGCCUCGCCACUGAUUGGCCCAUGCUCUAGCGACGCUGUUUCCAGCAAGGGGAAGGCGUCGCGGUGCCGCGCGCAACCAGCGAUGGGGUCGCAGGUAUCCGGGGAAAAGGAGCGACUCACGCAGGGAGCUCCGCUUUCGCAUGAGGACGCGGCGCACGAGCAGUUCGAGAAGAGCCACGGGCCGCACGGCCAGAAGCUGACGCUCCUGCCGCUCAUCGCGCUUAUCUUCUUCGAGGUUUCCGGCGGGCCGUACGGCGUGGAGGACGCCGUGAAGUACGGCGGGCCGCUGCUCGCCAUCCUUGGCUUCACCGUCUUCCCCCUCAUUUGGAGCGUGCCAGAGGCCCUGACCACAGCGGAGCUAGGAACAGCCUUCCCGGAGAACGGGGGCUACGUGGUGUGGGUGUCAGCGGCGUUUGGGCCCUUCUGGGGUUUCCAGGAGGGGUGGUGGAAGUGGCUGAGCGGCGUGAUAGACAACUCGCUCUACCCGCUGCUCUUCCUCGACUACCUGAAGCGCGAGCUCCCUGUCUUUGAUGGCGGCUUGCCACGCAUGGCGGCACUGCUCGCAAUGACUCUGCUGCUGACAUACGUGAACUACCGCGGGCUCACGAUAGUGGGCGUGACUGCCAUCGCGCUCGCAGUGUUCGGGCUGCUGCCCUUUGUGGUCAUGGCGCUGCUCGCCAUUCCCAAGAUCCAACCCGCCCGCUGGCUGGUGGUGGAUCUGAACCGUGUGCACUGGCGGGGGUACUUUAACACACUCUUCUGGAACCUCAACUAUUGGGACUCCGUCAGCACGCUAGCAGGCGAGAUAGAGGAGCCGAAGCGCACCUUCCCGCGCGCGCUCAUGGGAGCGGUGGUGCUGGUGGUGGUGUCAUACUUGGUGCCACUGCUCGCAGGCACGGGCGCCAUGCCCUUCUCCCCGGACGGCUGGGACGAUGGGUACCUGGCCGUGGUGGGUCGCGCCAUUGGAGGCGGCUGGCUCGCCUGGUGGAUCGCAUGUGCCGCUGCGCUUUCGAACAUGGGCGCGUUCGAGGCAGAGAUGAGCAGUGACGCGUUUCAGCUGUUGGGGAUGGCGGAGAGGGGCAUGCUGCCGGAGGUCUUCACGUACCGCUCGCGCCACGGCACACCCGUGCUGGGCAUCGUGUGCAGCGCCACGGGCAUCCUGCUGCUGUCGUGGAUGAGCUUCCAGGAGAUCGUCGAGUUCCUCAACUUCCUCUACUGCUUCGGCAUGCUGCUCGAAUUCGCAGCCUUUGUGGUGCUUCGUGUUACCCAGCCCGACCUGAACCGCCCGUACAGGGUCCCCGUGGACACAAUGGGAGCAGCGCUGCUGUGUCUGCCCCCCUCGCUGCUGCUCAUCCUUGUCAUGGCCCUCGCCUCCUGGCAGACCGUCAUUGUCAGCUCCAUAGCAGCGGUGGUGGGAGUGGUGCUGUACCCGCUGCUCAUGUGGGCCAAGCACCACGGCGUGCUCAAGUUCACCCAGGACCCGGGCCUGCCAGAGGUGGCUCUCAUGGACGAUGAGGACGAGGGCAGUGAGGACAAGGAGGGGUAUGAUGGGCUGGCGAGUAAGGGAGCGCUUGGGAAGGAGGACGGUGGGGAUGAUGCGCGGGAUGGGGGUGAUGGGGAUGGUGUGGGUGACAAUGAGAAUGGGUUGCUGCUGGGGAAGGGGCAGAGGGAGAAGGGUGGCAGCAAGGUGGUCCCGGUGGAGUGUCCGAGGGGGUCAGAGGGGUUGGUGCGAGCAGGUGCAGGUGAUGCGAUGAUUUCAGCAUGUGAGGGGCAGUCGCCUCCUGUUAUGGUUGGCUCAUUGUCAAGCGAUGGGCUCUUGGCACACAAUGUCCUGGUGUCUGGGACGACGUCUGGAGUUGGAGCGAAAGCAAGUUGUGAGGAGCAGCAAUCUGGAGUUACGUUUGAGGCAGCUUCAGAAUCGGACU